CGCAGAUCAUCAUCGUGCAGCGCAGCAUCUCGGCGACGUCGUCCCCACGAAUUCCACGUUCCACAACAACAACCGCCGGCGAUGGCGCUCGAUCUGGUGACGGUGGCGGCGCUGCUCGCCAUCGUGGCGCUAGUGUAUCAGUAUGUGCGCCGGAGACACGCGUACUUCAACGACAAACCGUACCCGCACCUGAAGCCCACCUUCCUGCUCGGGAGUUCCGCGCCGAUGCUCUUCCGGACGCGCAACAUUAUCGAGCAAGUCCAAGCGAUGUACAACGCGUUCCCGGAUGCGAAGGUGAUGGGUGCGUUCGAUAUGAUGACCCCGAAUCUGGUGGUGCGCGAUCUGGAGUGCCUGAAGCAGAUCGGCGUGAAGGACUUUGACCACUUCAGCGACCACACGCCGCUGCUGAAGGACGAGCGCGACUAUGCGCACUCCGAGAUGCUGUUCCUCAACUCGCUCUUCAUGCUGCGCGGCCAAAAGUGGCGCGACAUGCGGGCCACCCUCAGCCCGGCGUUCACCGGGGCCAAGAUGCGCCAGAUGUUCGCGCUCGUGUCCGAGGCUGGCCAGGGUAUGGUGAAGCACUUUGUGCAGGAAACGCGCCAGCCCGGCGCAUCGCAGGAGUACGAGAUGAAGGAUAUCUUUUCGCGCUUUGCCAACGACGUAAUCGCGUCGGUAGCGUUCGGUAUCGAGGUGAACUCGUUCACCGACCGCGAGAACAUGUUCUACGUCAGCGGCAAGAAGCUGCUCGACUUUACCAACUUCUGGGCCGGGCUAAAGUUUCUGCUGUUCAUGACCGCGCCGAAGCUGGCGAUGAAGCUGAAGAUCGAGAUGAUGGACGUGAAAAUGAGCCGCUACUUCAGCGACAUGAUCCUGGACAAUAUGCGAGUGCGCGACGAAAAGGGUAUCGUGCGCAACGACAUGAUCCAGAUGCUGAUGCAGGUGAAGAAAGGAGCGCUACGCCACGGCGCCGACGAGCCGGAGGAGGCGAAGAAGGGUGACGAUGCCGGAUUCGCGACCGUCGAGGAGUCGAGCGUGGGCAAGAACGUCAGCACGCGUCACUGGACCGACAACGAGCUUGUGGCGCAGUGUUUCCUGUUCUUCCUGGCCGGCUUCGAUACCGUGUCCACGGCCCUUGGGUUCGCGUGCUACGAGCUAAUGGUGAACCCGGAAGUGCAGGAGCGCCUAUACCAGGAGAUUCUCGAGACGGAAGCGUCACUCGGUGGGGGGCCGCUCACGUACGACACGGUCCAGUCGAUGCGUUACAUGGACAUGGUGGUCUCGGAGUCGCUCCGCAUCUGGCCACCGGCACCGGCUGUCGACCGGUACUGCACCCGGGACUACGAGUUCGACGACGGGGCCGGGUUGCGCUUCCGGAUCGAGGCGGGACGCACCAUCUUCGUACCGGUCGCUGGCCUACACUUCGAUCCACGGUACUUCCCCAACCCGACCCGCUUCGAUCCGGAGCGGUUCAGCGAGGAGAACCGCGCUGACAUCGUGCCCGGCUCGUACCUGCCGUUCGGGAUUGGGCCACGCAACUGCAUCGGUUCGCGGUUCGCGCUGAUGGAGGUGAAAUCGAUUCUCUACCACAUGCUGAAGAGCUUCUCGUUCGAGCGCUGCGCCCGUUCGCAGGUGCCGCUGAAGCUGAAAAACCAUCCGGCCACCCUAGCGACCCAGAAGGGCAAUUGGCUGCGCUUGAAACCAAGGGACUAGGCGAGGGUAGUGACCGACCGACCGGAGUUCGAAAUGAUUGAACAAAUAAACGAUAAUAAAUGUCA